CGCUUCCGUUACCUUCACUCGCCGUCUUGUCCGGGCAGCGCCGUCUGUAGGGGGCGCUGUGACGCCCCAAGGUUCUGCCCGUUUGGGCUCAACCAAAAACCUGGAGCACCGUCAUGUUUCAUUCCAGAAUGAUACACGUUUUACGUACGUGGUGAACACAUGUCCGCGCCGCUGAUCCAGUCCGGAACUUGCAAACUGCUCUACGGCGUUUAACUGUCGCCGUCUGUCGUCCGGGAGCAGAGGCGGGUAAAAAUACUGUAUCCUGAUGCGGCUUGAUGGAGGACUACGACAAGUUUGUGCGACACCGUCUUUCCCAGCUGAGUAAAAGCGAGGAGGAGCGACACAGCAAAGCUUCAACUGCAUCCUCUCUCAUCUGCUUUCAUGGACGAGCCAUUCUUCCUCCCCUGCUCUCGGAGGAGCAACGAGGAGAGAUGCAGCGACACAGAGAUGCAGCACAGAAAGCUGCUGACCAUAGGAUGCUGAAGAAUGAAACUAGAAUGGCGUACGUGCAAACUAUACUGCACAGCGUUCAGAUAAGGAAGACACCAACGCUGGAGGAGUUGCUUCGAGAGUCAGAGAUUGUCACAAGAUCUUCGCAGAAUAAUCUUUUUGAAGGAGAAGGGGAUAUUGUGUCGCUCUUGCCACCACCUGUAGAGAAUGGAAAAGAUGGUCUUACUCUUCCUUCAAUGACAUCAACCACCUAUUGUGCCUUCUUGACUUCUAAUGCAACGCCUUCUCAAAGUCAUAAUGGAUACAUUUUUGACCACCUCAAUGGGCAGAGCUCCCAACCAGGCUCAUUUAAUGGUGUGAGCUACCAGUCAGAGUCAUCAGGUUAUCUAACACAAAAGAAUGAUGGCAGCGUGAACCAUGACUUUUUCCUUCACAACACCUCCAACACAAUUGCUAAAAUGCCAGAUAUUAUUAGUUACCCUCCCAUAGAUGGACAGGAAUUAGAAAGGACCGGACUGGAGUCAUCCUUUUCUAACUCCAUAAAAGUGCAAGACAUUGGUUGCACUCUAUUAAAGAAAGAUUCAGUCAUUUGGGACAAUUUCCUGUCAGAAAACAUAGAAGAUAAUUACCUGGAUUGCACAGGGGGUGAAAAAACUCCUCCCUUAACAGUUGUACUUGACCUUGACAGAAAUCACAGUUUUGAUAAAUGUGGAGCCAUAGAAGUAUCAGACAACAGUCCCGAGUUAACCUCAACAUUAGGCAGUCAUCAUUGCCCCCAGACAGUACGGCAUGUUCAGAAUGAAAGCAAUGAAACCAAACCAGCAGAUGGGCGUAUAGAAGAGGCUGAGCCAUCUGAGGAGCCUUACCGCCUAAGCCUGCAGGCCUUGCUGACAAAGUCUCAGGAAUAUCGGCGGCGCCAGCGGAUGCUUAGGAACCAGGCCAAAAACACUAAAAUUCAGGAGAAGAACCAAGAACUAGAGAGAGCAAAGGCAGAAGAGCAGAGCCACUCAGAUAAGGAGAAUGACGAGUUCCCAUUCAAGGGGCCUGUGACUGUAGAAGAGAUGCAAUGUAAAGACAGGAGAUGCUCCUCUAGGCCAACUACAGAAAUAUCAACAAAGAACUCUUUGGUAAUAGAGAGGAUGAAUGACAGUGAGGUUGUUGGCAAAAACAUGAAUAUAAAAUCUGAAAGCACAUAUUCAGCAGGCGAUGAGAAAACCAGUGAAGUGCCUAGUGUGGAGGAAGAAGUCGUCUUCAAUAAUAAGCUCAACAGUUCACGAGAAGUCAUAGCAGGGCCUAAAAUAUUUAGUGCCCUCCUCCAGCAAACGCCCAUAUCGAAAGACACCUCCCUGGUUCAAGAAGCUUUUUAUUUGACCAGCUCUCCCACUGCAUCAUACAAAGGUGCAAGGAAAUAUCAUAGCAUCCCUGUUCCUAACCUCUGUAGGAGCCCUGUUCACUACAAAAGCAGAGGCACUAGUAAGGAUCGAGAAGCUGCUGACAAAGCAAACAGAGAGAAAGCCUUGGGCGAAUCCGGUUUGAAGGAAGAUCACAAGAUUGAUGAAGAAAGUAGCCUGGGACAUCAAAACAUUCACACAGCACUUGCCUCCCCUGCCAGUGCCAUUGUUGGGAGUAGUGAAAUGAUUGGGAUGGAUUUAACCAUGAAUUCACAGCACAUAGAUCAGCUUGAAUCCAAUCUGUCCAGUCUGAAGGUAUUGAUUUCAGAUCUGGAGUCCACCGUGAAGAAAAAUUUGGAGACUCACAGCCAAACUGAGAACGACACGCAGAAUGAGUGUAGUUUUAAAGGCACUGAGCAAAUUAAAAACGAUCAACUUUUGCAGCAGAGUGCUUGUGGCUAUUUGGAGCAAAAGCUGAGUGAAGACGGUGAUGGUAUUUAUACUGAGUACAGACAGAAGCCAAGCAGAGAGUCGUCCAGCAAUUGCCAAAACACGCAUGACGACAAAGGACCAAGCUUGUGUGACACCGAUGAUUUACCUCUUAUAGUUCAGGGAAAAGGAUGCGAGAGAAUUAACAUUAGUGAGCUCAGGCUAGUCAAAGCCAUAACGUUGGACAGACAAAAGACCACAAAGACAGAAAAAGAAAAACUAAGCAAGACCUACAACUGUAAAAAGCAGCAGCCAGCUGCUAAAUGUCUCCUCUCCACAGCACAGCAGAUGCGCAUUCCAGAUGUUUUUCGAAAUGUUCCAUCUAAUCUUUCAGUGCUUUCUGAUACCAGUAACCAUAUAGUGGACAGGAGGAAUGACACAGCUGGAAAAGAUCACGAUUCUACCCACACAUCCUCCCUCAACCACUCGUACGAUGUGGAAACACCUUCUAACCUGUGGCUCCUGGAGCAGUCAGGGUCGGACUCCAAAGGUCUUGUAGCUCAAGAACAUCACCUGACCCCAAAGAGUGAAGGUGAAGGUCAGGGCAGCGUGUCCAAGGUCAAACGAAGACUUCUCCUGUGUGGGACACAGGACAGAAGUCCAGAUGCCAGUGGAGGAGCUAAUUCAGUGGUCAGAGCCAGCGUUCCCAGAGCUCCGGUCCAAGUAUGUGGAGGUCAUGGCAGUCAGAAAGACAGACAAGAUCAACUAAAACAGGUCCAUGCUGCUCAGAUUAAAGCCCUGCAAGAUGAACACAGGAGACAACAGCAAGAGCUGCUGCAGGCAUUAGCAGCGCGUUACAGUCUCCUCCAAAGCGUGUCCUUCCCCUGCUCCAUGUCGGCCUCACGUCUUGGGGACACACUGACCUUUCCUACCCUCUCGCAGCCCUCCAGCCCUGUCUCAGAUUGCUACCGCCCCCUGCUGGCAGCAGCUGUUAAGGGUUUUCUGACUCGGAGGCUGCUGAGGACUGAGAGAGUGGCACAGCUGGUGCGGACAGUCAGGGACACUCAUCAGUUCUUGCAGGCCUUUCAGCAGCAGAGCCUAAAUAGCAAACAGGACCUCUUACUGCAGGAGAGAGUUACUCUGCAGCUGCGUGCUGCACGUUAUGAGGUCUACGACAUAUUCUUCAACCUGUCAGCCAGAGAGAGGAUGCAGCUGAUCAGCUGGGACAGAGAACUGGCUAGAGAGAGGCAGCUCAGACGACAGAGUGGAAACACAGGCCUGCCCAAAGGAAGAGGUUCAUUGUCCACUGCAACGCAAAAAUCACUGGAGAGGAAAAGAGGAAUAAUGAUGGAGAAAAAGGCAGCAGAAAAGCACCGGGGAGUUGUAACGAGGACUGGACACAAGACUGGAUUCACUGCUGAGCAGCCACUGAAAACCAAACGAGGACAGUUCAGAGCAAAUCCUCAGAGGGUCUCCAAGAACUCUUACUCCACUAGACCCCGAUGACACUUUCUUAAUUGGCCCCAGUGAGGAAUCCUAAUAAGGCCUCUAGCGAUUACAUGAAUAUUGUAUAACUAAUCACUUGAGAGUUUCCAAAUCCUAAUUUGACACAAAGUGAUGGCUGUUGCUGACUAAUAUAUUAUUGUAUUUCAUAUUUCAGUGCUGUGGGAUUUUUUCCUCUCAGACCAGGCUAUGUAACAUUAUAGUCACUACAGUUCCACUCACAGAAAGUACAUUCACACUGAGUGAAUUUUAGUACUGGUCAUAGAACAUCAUUACAGCAGCUCUCUCUGCAACAGAAUUUUUUUUUUCAGUCCUUUCCACCAACUUCCGUGUGUUAACGUUAAAGGUGUUAGAUGGACAAAUGGCAAGUUGGUUAAAAGACUUGCGAUGCACCGAACCUAGAGGACAAUGCCAGGACUUCUGUUGGCAUCAUCUCGGCCCUCGGCCAGUGGUUUACAAUCUGAACAACCAUAGGAAUCUUGUGAGAUGAAAGCAAAAAGUAUAAUUCCACAGUAGCAGUUUUUGUUUUGAUACAUUUUCAUUGAAUUCAGUUUUCUUGUGUACUAUUGAUAGAGUGGGCCUUUUAAACCUUUUCCUGCUGUUCCGUGUCAGAAUAGCUGCUGUGAAAACGCUAGCAAUUAGUCAGCUGCGCUUUGGUGCGUCACUGUUUUUCCACCUGUUAAAUCUGCGUAGAAUAGAAUUCACACUGAAGUAUUAAUAUGCCUGGUUCCUUGCCACCUUAAGACAAUCUCUGGAUGCAUUAGCACAACUUUAAGCUUACUGUGAUAUUUAAAGUCAUUUUUGUUCACACCCAAAUGUUACUUUUCAGCUCCAGAACCUGGUGCUGUUGUUACUUGAACAGUGUUUAACUCCUCCAACGUUGCCUUAAAUAAUCCUAUAGUAUUGGGAUCACAGCCAAAACACUUUUUACCCUUAGUCGUGUUUAACCUGUUUUAUAUGUCUUUUUAUUUAUGUUCUUGAUAAUAAAUAUUCAACGCUGUGAA